CCACCGCCCCACCCCGCCCCAGCGGUGCGCUCCUAGGAGCCCCGGAGGCUCGAGCCUGGUCCCGGGGAGCCUAGGGCGGCCCCUGCAGCGAGAAGCCCCGAGCGGGGCGGGGGUGGGGGAGGAGGGGGAGGAGGAGAGCCACCUCCCCCCCGCGCGGCGCGCGAGCAUCCCUGCGGAGUCCCGGAACUCCUCCCAGGACCUGUGCACGCGCCCUCCCGGGGCUGGAGCUGCGCCCCGCGCCGCCCCGCGGGCAGUGGCCGUGGCCGUGCGGAGCGGAGCGGAGCGCUGCGCGAUGCCCGCGCUGUGGCUGGUGCCCUUGGGGCAGAAGCUGCUGUUGUGGGGCGCGCUGGGCGCCGCCUCGCUGGCGGGCGCCACCCUAGUGGUGAGGCUCCUGCAGAUGCUGGCGAGCUACGCGCAGAAAUGGCAGCAGAUGAGGGCCGUCCCCACGUUACCCGGCGCCUACCCGCUGGUGGGACACUCGCUGUUGAUGAAGCCUGACGGGAGAGAAUUUUUUCAGCAGGUCAUUCUUUACAGCGAAGAAUCCCGACACCUGCCACUCCUGAAACUCUGGCUUGGGCCCAUACCAAUAGUGGCCAUUUAUAGUGCUGAAAAUGUGGAGGUAAUUUUAACUAGUUCAAGGCAAAUCGACAAAUCCUAUGUAUACAAGUUCCUAGAACCAUGGCUUGGCCUAGGACUUCUUACAAGUACUGGAAACAAAUGGCGAUCUAGGAGAAAAAUGUUAACACCCACUUUCCAUUUUACGAUUCUGGAAGAUUUCUUAGAUGUCAUGAAUGAACACGCAAAUAUAUUGGUUAAUAAGCUUGAAAAACAUGUUAACCAAGAAGCAUUUAACUGCUUUUUUUACAUCACUCUUUGUGCAUUAGAUAUAAUUUGUGAAACAGCUAUGGGGAAGAAUAUUGGGGCUCAAAAUAAUGAGGAUUCUGAGUAUGUUCGUGCCAUCUACAGAAUGAGUGAUACGAUACAUCGAAGAAUGAAGAUGCCCUGGCUCUGGCUUGACUUUUUGUUCCUUAUGUUUAAAGAAGGCCGGGAACACAAAAAGAACCUAGAGAUCCUACAUAAUUUUACCAGUAAUGUCAUUGCUGAACGGGCCCGUGAACUGAAGAGAGACGAAGAACAUGGAAGUGCUGACAAGGACUGCUCCCCCUCCAAAAAUAAACGCAGAGCUUUUCUUGACUUGCUUUUAAAUGUGACUGAUGAUGAGGGGAACAAGCUACGUCAUGAAGAUAUUCGAGAAGAAGUUGACACCUUCAUGUUUGAGGGCCAUGAUACGACAGCAGCGGCGAUAAACUGGUCCUUAUAUCUCUUGGGUUCCUACCCAGAAGUCCAGAAACAAGUGGACAGUGAACUGGAGGACGUGUUUGGGAAGUCUGAUCGUCCUGCUACCUUAGAAGACCUGAAGAAACUCAAAUACCUGGAGUGUGUCAUUAAGGAGAGCCUUCGCCUUUUUCCUUCAGUUCCCUUAUUUGCCCGUAAUCUUAACGAAGAUUGUGUAGUUGCGGGUUACAAGGUUGUGAAAGGCUCCCAAGCAAUCAUCGUUCCCUAUGCACUUCAUAGAGAUCCAAGAUAUUUCCCAAAUCCCGAGGAGUUCCAGCCAGAGAGAUUCUUUCCCGAAAAUUUGCAAGGACGCCACCCAUAUGCAUACAUUCCCUUUUCUGCUGGACCCAGAAACUGUAUAGGUCAAAGGUUUGCCAUAAUGGAAGAAAAGACUGUUCUUUCCUGUGUCCUGAGGCAUUUUUGGGUAGAAUCCAAUCAGAAAAGAGAAGAACUUGGUCUGGCAGGAGAGUUGAUUCUUCGUCCAACUAAUGGCAUCUGGAUCAAGUUGAAGAGGAGAAAUGCAGAUGAAUUUUAACCAUAUAAUUGGGCUGUGCCUUUGUCAUGUAAAAGGUCUUUCUUGAAGGAAACUAGAUUUACAAUUUCUAGAUCUGAGUUCAAUACUCCUAAUCCCUAGACCUAUUUCUUUCCUGUCCCUGCUAACCUUGUGGUCAAGUCCUCCAAAGAGUUUUAUAUUUUCAUUGCCACCAUGGAUCUUACCCUUGGGCUUGAUCCCAAAAGUAGAGUCUGAAGAUGGCACCCAAAUAAAUGUAGGACAAGUUUUUCAAUAGAGAGAUCCACAACCAACUCAAUUUCAAUUGUGAGACCCAAAGGAUAUAAUUUAAUUGAAGUUCCAGAAUUUUUUAAAGGUAUUCUUAUUGACUGGGGAAUAUAUAUAUAUGCAUUUAAUUUGAAAAGGGUAAGUACUUAGACAUGAGAAGCUUAUGUUUUUAGAUUAUAUUUGUGGCAUCAAUUAUGAGAAUAAUUAUUACGGUCCUUUUUGCAUUUUAUCACCUAGAGUAGAUAAUUUGUAAGUUGACUCACAGGUUCUGUUCCUAUUUCCCUUUGGCUAAGUGGUUAUAGCUAUGAUUCCAUUAUGCAUAGUAUCACAACUAUCCAUGUAUACCAUAUACAGUUGGGAAAGAUUCCUCUUGGUAAUAUCCAAUCCCCUGCAGUGCCUCAGGGUUGAGUAAUGGCUUUUGGAGCUGGAAGGACCUUAUUGUUUAUCUAAUUGUACUCUUUUUAUUAGAAAAAGGGAAUAAAAAAAAAAAAGAAAAAGGGAAUGAGAUAGAUGAGAAGUUAAGUUUCUGCCCAGAGUCAUACUACUAGUGGGUGACAGGGCUGAAAUUAGAGGUCUGUACUCUACAUCUUUCCAUUCUCAAUGUGAUAGACUUCACUGUGUGUGCUUUUACUUUAUGGAACUCAGGUCUGUAACUAGAUGUGUCAUUAGAACACAGAUUUUCUGCCUCUGAUUUUGGAUAUUUCUUUUAGAAUUCUUCCAUUAUUAAAGGAAAAGAAAAGUCGUUCAUCUGUAUUUGUAACCAGUAAUAUCUUACUUCUUUGGGGUUAGACUUUGAGUAAAUUCAAUCCUCUGGAACAUACCUAUCAAGCUGAUAGCUGACACACAUUCUCUGAAUUUUAAUUCCAUAGGCAGUAUCUCUACUCCAUCACUCAGUGACUUUAAAAAACAACUUUUAAUAAACUUUAAUAAGAUUGUUUCUUCAAAUUUCCCAAGGCAAUAGCAAAUAGAAGGAACAAAUUAAGAGGGUGAAAUUUCUAUUUUUCCAUGAGUAUCAGAGGAAGAGAUUACAAAACCAAAGCCAUUUUAAGCACUUCAAGCUGUCAUUUAGGGUAGGGUCAGCAUCUCUACCCACUUUACUACCCCAAGAAACCCCAAUGCAGACAACCCAGUUGCUAAGUUGAUGAGAAAAAGUCAAGGAAGUAUAUGAUACAUUUGAAAAAGAUUCCCACUGUAUGCUUACCUUUAUUAUCUAGAAAGUAGAUAUAAGAAUAUCUUAUUCCCAGAUGACUAUGGAUAAAGUAUUAUUCAUGGGAAUUAGUAUUAUUUCUCAAUGUUAUGCAUUUAGAUAUAAAACUUGUUUUUUUUCUUACUCUCCUAGUCCUUCCUCCUCCUCCUCCUUCUCCUCCUCUUCCUUCUUCUCCUUUUUAGUGACCCCACAUUGGCUGUGAAAUUAAAUUCAAAGUAAAAUAUUGUUUAAUGUUACCUUUUGGUCUAAGAUCUUCAUGUAGCCCCACAAUAAUUGUUAUUCAUAUUUUAAUUGGAAAUCCUCUUAACCAUGUUAGAGGUGGAAUUGAGAAAUUAUGUUAUGGUCUGUGGUAUUGAAAUGCAGAUGCUGACUUUUUUUUUUAAUAAGAGGAUGAUCAAGUAUCUGUGACCCUGUCUUACUACUGCUUGAAAGAGGUAUCUCAAGAAACAUAAAUUACAUUUUAAUCAUGAGUGUUACAUUAUAUUCUAAGAAUUGAUGUCACUUUGAAAUAUAGGUAGCUCUGAAGGCAAAUUAGUGGGUGACUGAUUCAUAAUGAGUAAUAAAAGAAAUAGCACAUUUGAGCUGAUGUCAACAGUGCUCCUUAGACUUUCUAAAAAAAUGUUCCUUUUACCCUUGUCAUAGACUGAUUUUGAGUUUUCUUGACUCUGAAGAAUUAACCAGAGGAGAAGUAUAAAUUCCAGAACAUUUUGCUCAGCUGAUAGCAGAAAGUGAAAUCUCCUGCAGAGGGAGGCCAGGGAAUCAGCAAAACCAUCAGUAUCAUUGUGUCCCGGGCAUUUACAGUUUAGAAACUUUCUCCAGGUGAUGAACUAGUGAACUGACCGAUGUUCUGUUCAUUGUCACAGACAACUAAAGACUAUCAAUUUCUGGACCAGUGACCUGUCUCACAAUGAAAGAGAUGCUGCCCACAAAAAAAUAAAAGUAAAAAGUCAAUUUUUA